UUUGGGCAAGUUCGUAGGCAAGAAUUAGGGAGACAGGGUCAGCAGGAACUGCUGGUUUUUUGGGUGCGGGUUCGUUGUAACAGUCGUGGAAACCGAGAGGAAUUGCUGGGUAGUCGCAUCCAUAUUUGCAGGGGUACAGGAGCAGGAAUGGCAGGCACAACGAGUUGGCUAUCACAAGAGCAAGGAUCGCCAAUUGGAGCAAGAGGUUCGACUCCACCAAUCAUUUUACAAAUCUUUUGAGGUUUGGCUGGAACCGGUUUCUUGAUGGGCGCAGGGCGAACUACCGAACCGGAGCAACCGCAAACAUCGGCUCCGGUCAGCUUGCAAGCGCAACUUGCUGAAGCCUGGAGAACAAUCCAAGUAACGCUGAUCGGAAGCAGUGGCCGAGUAGGGGGUUCUUUGGCAUUACUCUUGAAACAGAACAUAUACAUAACUAGAUUAAACAUCUACGAUGAAGCUAUUUUCAGUCCGGGCAUCGCAUUGGAUCUGGCCCACAUCGAAUCCAAAACCAAAGUCCGUUCCUUUUAUGGUGUUGACAAAUUAGACGAAGCUCUUGCAGGUUCGAAUAUUGUGGUGAUUACUCCGUCAAACGACAGAUGUCCAUUACCAGCGGAAGAAGCACUUUUACUAAACAUAAAUGGAAGGCAACUGUUCAAGAAAAUGUUACAUGUGGCUAAAGUCUGCCCGGACAGCUUAAUAUGCAUUUGCGUCGAACCCCUAAACUGUGUGAUGCCAAUAGCUACAGAAACACUCCGAACUUUUGCGUGUUACGAUCCUCGUAAAAUAUUUGGCAUAACGACUCUGAAUGUUGUGAGAGCGAAUACGUUUGCCGGCCGAGAGAUCAACAAGAAUCCUCUGGACGUGGAUGUCCCAGUUGUGGGCGGUAAUGCUGGUCGGACAGUUGUUCCGCUUUUCUCUCAAUGCAAACCUCAUUUCGACGCAAGCGCUAAGCUCUAUCAUCAGCUUGUUCGGAGAGUGCAAUGCGCCGAAGAAUUCGUUGAAGGCAAAGGAAGAACUGACGGUGUCGGCGGCCCUAAGCUGGCCCAAGCCUACGCCAUCGGCCGGUUUGUCUACGCCCUUUGCUGCGGCAUCGUAGAGCGCCCUGGAGUCGUAGAGUGCGCGCUGGUCCGAUCCACAAUUUUCCCUGAUAUUCCCUAUUAUGCAUCGCCAAUACUUUUAGGUCGACACGGAAUAAUGAGAAAUUACGGAAUCCCAAAAAUCACCAAACAAGAAGAAGAUUUAGUCCGCUGUUCAUUAAUACGACUCAGUCGAGAAUUAGAUUUGGGUCAGCAUUACGUCCAAAAGCAAAUAGAAUUGGCAAAAAACUAUCACGUCUCUAUAAUAGGGUCGACCGGCGGAGUUGGGGCGCCUCUUAGUCUCCUAUUGAAACAAAGUCCUUUAAUCACAAAAUUAAGCCUGAUGGAUUUGGCACCAUACACCCAUGGCGUACACUUGGAUUUAUCCCAUAUUGACAGCAAAGCCAAGGUCAAAUCUUUCAAAGGUUUAGGUUGCGUUUGUCAGGCUGUUAGAGGUGCUGAAAUUGUGAUCCUUACUUGCGGUGGAGCCGGUAGUAGAAAAACUGGUACAACUCGCGCAUCACAAUUUAAAUUCAAUGGAGUUAUUGUUAAAAAUAUUUGUGAUGUUACUGCAAAAAUUUCCCCAAAUGCUAUUCUUCUAAUCGUAACUAACCCUGUCAACAGUUUAGUACCUAUGGUUUCUGAAAUGUACAAAAAGGCGAAAGUUUAUGAUCCCCGCAAGAUCAUCGGCAUCACAACACUUGACACAAGCCGAGCCAACAAAUUCUUGUCGGCCAGAAUGAAGAUCAAUCCCUUAAAAACACAUGUUCCUGUUAUUGGUGGACAUUCCAACAACACCAUUAUUCCUGUUUUCUCGCAAAGUAUUCCCAAACAUGAUUUGUCAAAAUGCCAAAUUGAAAAACUAACAAAGAGAGUCAGGACUGGUGGAGCAGAGUGUGUGAAAGCUAAGAAUAUUGAUGGAAGUGGAUCAGCCACUCUUUCAAUGGCCUACUCAUGUGCUAGAUUUGUGUACAGUUUAUGUAGAGCCAAGAGAGGAGAUAAAAAUAUAGUUGAACCUGCCUACAUUCGGUCUAAUUGCCAUCCAGAUGUAAAAUAUUUAGCUACGCCAACUCUUCUAGGGCCAGCUGGUGUCGAGGGAAAUUUCGGCAUUCCAAAACUCAACAGCUAUGAAGAGAAACUUCUCGACAAAGCCGUUAAAGAUUUAAAAGGUGACAUUAAAAUGGGUGUAGAUUUUAUUAAAAAUCAAUGUGAAAAGGAUAAGAAAUCCAAACCCGAAAAACCAAAAUCAAAAGUUACCUGUAAGAAAAUCAAAAGGAAGAGAGAGAAAAAAGAUAAAUGCGCCAAACCUAAACCUAAACCGAAAUGCCCAAAACCUAAACCGAAAUGCCCAAAACCUAAACCGAAAUGCCCAAAACCUAAACCGAAAGAUACAUGCAAAAAACCUAAACCAAAAGAUACAUGCAAAAAACCGAAACCAAAAUGCAAAAAACCGAAAAAGGAGAAAAAAUCCUGUUCAACACCUAAACCCAAAAAGACACCUUCAUCGUGUGGAAAGCCUAAAGAUUGCUCCAAGGGCAAAGAAAGGAAACCUGUUCCAUGUCCAAAACCUAAACCAAAGAAGGAGAAAAAAGAUUGCAAAAAGCCAAAAGAGGAAAAGAAUCCUUGCAAAAAGUGAAGAAACUUACAAGCCGAAUAAUUGUACGCACGGAAAUAGCGAUGAACCUUUUUGCAAUAAAUCUAGAAAGUGUAAUUCAGCCGAAAAUAAUUCAUUGGUGCAGUAUGUCACAGCAAGAGAGGUUUAUCCAUGUAUCAGUGGUAGGAGCCGCUGGUGCCGUUGGAUCACCCUUGUGUAUGUUACUAAAACAGAUGCCACUGAUAAGCAAAAUUACAUUUUUUGAUAAAGCACCAUCCACUUUAGGAGUUGCUAAAGAUUGCUCUCACAUUCAAUCCAAAGCUAAGGUCAAAGCUUUCAAAAAAUCAAAGAACCUCGGCAAAGCAGUUAGGGGUAAUGGACCCACAUGGAUAAUUAUUUGAAAGGAACAGCGCA